UUUGAGGCUGGUCGCUUCUACAAGGAAAGAAAAGAAGAACAGAUUGGCUCAGUUCUCUGGAGGACAACCUGCAGUCUGCUGUAUAACUUAACACCGUUGGAGUUAAGGAAAGAAGAGGAGAAUUGUUCCCCAUCAGUGCAGAUCCUCUUCCAGUGGCAGCUCUGGUGGUGCUAGAAUUGCUGCUGACCACAACUCUCAACAGGUCUGCACUCACCCAGAAACCAUCCUCUCCGAGAUUGGUUGUGCCACUUCUACAGUCUUAACAUUGGCUGAGGCUGGGCCUGGGAAGGAAAAUUACUGACUGCUGGACUGUCUAUUGACUCUAACUCUUGUUUUCAUGUUUGUUGCCUGAGUCACUAAAAGAUCAGUGUGUGAAGACACAGAACUGUGAUAGAGUCUAAGACCAGUAUAGGGGUAUCUUCUGUAACGUUUACCAUGACUGGCACUGAGAUUGCACCUCACUCUGAUACCAAGUCUGAAAAGAAGCCUGGAGAAGAACUUGGGGUUGUUGGGGCUGAGCGAGAGAAUGAAGCCCCAAUGGUGGUCAGACCCAAGGUUCGGCCCCAGCCCCAGGCUGCCUCUGGAGCAAGGCCCAAAACUGAGUCUAAAUCUAGGGCAAAGUCCAGAAAUGAUUCCAAGGCAGCGAAUGGUUCAAGGUCCAAAAAUGAGUCUCAGAGAGGGACUGGGGCAAGGCCUAAGUCUGAAUCCAAAGAAAUGUCUGGUGCAAGGAACAAAACAGAACGCCAUUCCAUGGCAGGGGCAAGGGCCAAAAAUGAGGCUUGGGCAGUAGGUGGGGCUCGUCCUAAGACCGAUGCCAAAGCAAUGCCUGACACAAGGUCCAAGGAUGAAGCUCAGGCUUGGGCCCAGACUGAGGUAUUGUCAAGAACAGAAGGCAUAACCCCAAUCAAUGUCUUAGCCUGGUCAGUGGUCAGUCCUGAGUCUGGACCAUAUGCUAAACCUAUGACCACAUCAGCAGAGAGUAAUCUAGUUGGUGUGGAUGCUGAGCCCUAUUCUGGCUCACAGGUUCCGCCAGAUCUCCAGCCCUGGCUUGCAUCAGGCAACAACACUAGUUCAGGGUCUUGGUGCUAUCCCAGGCCCAGGGCCAGAGAGGAGGCCUCUAAAGAGUCUGAAUUCUGGUCAGCAGAUGAGACCGCUACCAUUCCUUCUCUCUGGGAUGGAGAAGAAGCCAGUAUGAGAUCAUGGUCUAGGGAGGAGACCAAUACCAGGUCCAGACACAGAGCUAAACAUCAAGAUAACCCCAGAUCCAGGCCCAAAUCUAAGAAAGGUCAUUGUACUGAUUCCUGGUCUGGUUCUGAAGAGGAGUCUGGCAAUCCUUUCUGCCUCUGGGCUGGAGAAAAUACCAAUAACUUCUUUAGGGAUGAGGCAAACAUGAGGUCUAAGCUCAGAGCAAAGAGAGAAGAGUUUUUUGAAUCCGAAUCUGAUGAUGAAUACAAUAAGGAGACCUGGUUUUUACCUGAAGAGGCCACUGGUAGAUACAAGCCCAGGAAUAAGGAAGGUCCUAAUACUGUCUUGAAGUCCAAGACCCAGAAAGAUGUUAACAGUGAUAGGGUAAAUCAAGAGACCAAGUUAGAGGAGGAAGUCAUCAUCGGGUCCUGGUUCUGGGAUGAGCAAGAGGCCAGUAUUAAGGAUGGGGCUUCAGCCACCUGUGAACCCGAUUCAGGGACUGAGGAAGGUGCUAUUGGAGGCUCCGUGUUCUGGACAGAGGAAAAGUCAAGUUUGGGGGCUAUGGCCAGGGAAGAGACUCGGCCCGAGUCUGAAGAAGAAGCCAUAUUUGGGACUUGGUUCUGGGAUAGGGAUGAGGCCUGCUUUGAUCUAAAUCCCAAUCCUGUAUACAAGGCUGGUCCCAGGUUCAGAGAUUUAGCUGAGGAGGAACUUAAUGUUUCAUCCAGGCCCAAAACCUGGGAUGAGGUGACUGUUGAAUUUAAACCUGUUACUUGUCAUCGGAUUGGAUUCCCAUCCCCCAGCCCCUUUAGAAUUCCCGAAGAAAUGGAGACUCAACUGUACACUGAAAUGUUUGAGGCAAAGCCCAAGAAUGUGGAGGUUACCCCAGAAGAGGAAGAACGGGAAUCUCCACCUCCCGCCGAGCAGCCUGUUAAUGAGUACCCAUUUCAGUACCAGCCAACCUAUCGGUCAGUUAGGGAAAUUCGAGAGCAUCUUAAGGCCAAGGAAAGUGCAGAGCCUGAGAAUUGGUCUUGCAAAUGCAUACAGUGUGAGCUUAAGAUUGGUUCUGCGGAGUUUGAAGAACUCCUGAUCUUAUCAGACAGAAUUCGAGAUCCUUUCAUUCAUGAAAUAUCUAAAAUUGCUAUGGGUAUGAGAAGUGCUUCUCAGUUUACUCGAGAUUUCAUUCGGGAUUCAGGUGUUGUCUCACUUAUUGAAACCUUGCUCAAUUUUCCCUCCACCCGAGAGAGGACAAGUUUUUUGGAAAAUAUGAUUCAAAUGGCUCCAACUUAUCCCAAUUUAAACAUGAUUGAGACAUUCGUAUGUCAGGUGUGUGAGGAAACCCUGUCACAUAGCAUGGGUUCCCCAGAGCAGCUGCUUGGAUUGAGGCUGCUUAGACACCUCACUACAACUACCGACUACCAUGAUCUGAUUUCCAAAUACAUGGGUGGCUUUCUGUCCUUAUUAACCACAGGCGAUGCAAAAACAAAGUUUAACCUUCUGAAAGUGCUGUUGAAUUUAUCUGAAAAUGCUAUGGUGGCAAACACACUGUUCAGUCCCGAUGCUCUGUCUGUAUAUGUGGCUCUCUUUAACGUAGAAGAGUCAAAUGAUAAUAUUCAAAUUGUUGUGAAAAUGUUUCAGAAUAUCAGUAACAUCAUAAAAAAAGGAUCUAUGUCCUUGAUGGAUGAUGAUUUCAACAUUGAUCCACUUAUUUGUGCUUUUCGUAAGUUUGAGAAGUUAGCUAAGGAGCUGCAAGUCCAAACAGACAAUCAAAAUGAUCCUGAGGCAGGAGAGCAAAACUGAUAGAAUUAAUGAACUGCCUUUGAUCAGCCUUUUGUUCCCAAAGAACCCUGAGUUGUGCUUCGGUGUUCAGAGUCUGGUUUUAUGUUGUAACUUAUAUUUUUACUCUUGAUGUUAACUUUGUCCUAUUGUUGGUUUGAUCUGGAUCAUUUUGUGGAUGCCAAAUGAAUAUUGGAGCUAAAACGUAUUUGUUGAUAUUUGUCUUGCUGUCCAGAUUGCAGUAUUUUUAGUAUUGAGCUUCUAAUGAACUGAGACGCUUGUAUAAGCUGCCCUGCUAUUUGUUGUUUAAACAUAUGGUUCUCUAUUCGAGUCUGUGUUUUCAAUAAAGUUCUACGUGAAAGUUGGCAGAA